AUGGCCGGGUCAUUUGAGAUAUACUGUAUUAAUAAAGUCAUCUCUUGUUAUCCAGGUGAGGUUGUUCAUAUCACAGUGCUGACCGCGAGACACACUAAUGUAGCCGGUUCAUCUAGAGGUUUCGAGUAUCAAUGUUAUCGCAGUGAACCAGAUAGAGACGCUUAUAUAUCAUUCGGUCGAUCAGCACCAAUAACAACAAACAGAUCACCACCAGAAGAGGAGCAGCACUCAGAUGGAUUCUCAUUCGUCAGAGUGGUGAGAUUCCCUACAAGCGAUGGAUGGGAUAGAGAUGGUUUCGGUCCUUUCUACUGUGAGGCUUCCAAAUCUGGUCGAGAUGUUACAAGGGUUACUACAUUUUUCCAACGAAUUGAUGCUAAAUUCAUAUCAAGUGAUGGAUUGUUUACAAAGGCAGUCAAUGUGAAUGACACUGGAGUGAUGAUCAGCAUGACUAGGCGUCAUGAUCCUGAGGCAAGUGGCAAUGUGAUUACUUGGAGGAAAGAUGGAAGUGAGGUUCUUACAUCAUUUGAUGGGCAGACUCAGCUCAGCUUCCCAAACCCAAUCCAGACAUCAGACCAAGGAAUCUAUGAGAUCUACUAUGAUAACGAGAGGAAUCAAAGUAGAGGAGGAUUAUACAGACUAAUCGUUAGAGAAUGCCCUGCUGGUAAGUGGGGUCCCCCUGACUGUUAUGGUAUCUGUGAUAAAUGCUACAAUGGUGGAGUCUGUGAUGACAAGUCUGGUCUAUGUAUCUGUCCUAACAACUUCAAGGGACCGAAUUGUUUAGAAAUUUGUAGAAUCGGUGGUGGAAAUCGAUAUGGAUUGAACUGCGAGUUUCAAUGUUCAUAUAAGAGUGAUGGAAACAAAAAAUGUCAUGGAUAUCUUUUUUGCCUACCUAAUCCGUAUGGAUGUUCAUGUGAUGUCGGAGCCCACGGUAAUUCAUGCAACACACUAUGUACUAGUGGAACAUAUGGUCCAGGAUGUUCACAGACAUGUAACUGUGCCGUAGGUUCAUCAUGUGAUAUCUAUAGUGGAAUAUGUUCAGGUGGAUGUCAGACUGGCUGGUCUGGGGAUAACUGUCAAAUUCCAGAUGAAUGUGAGGACGGUUACUAUGAAUCUCAAUGCACUGAUAAAUGUCAUUGCUUUAACGAUAAGCCAUGUGAUAAGCAGACUGGAGAGUGCCCUGAGCAGAAGUGUGCUCUAGGAUACAAAGUACGCAGUGGCCAGGUCAAAUGUCAAGAGUGUGAAGGUGGUACCUUUGGUUUGGAUUGUCUUCAGCAAUGUUUUUGUGCUCCAGAAGCUUGCGAGACGGAGAGGGGUCUUUGCAAGGGACAAUGCCUUGAAAGCUGGAUUGGACCGUACUGUCAAAGAAUAUCAAGAUUGGUUCCAAUGAGAGUAAACCCAUACCAACCAUCUACUUUCACAUGUUAUGUUGAGGGUAUCCCACUUCCCGAUGCAUCCUCAGUUGAUCUUUACAGACAGACUGGAAGCACCGAUAACACGACAGGAAUCACCAGGACAUCGAGCACUGUCUCAGGGUCAGAACGAGCUGUUGUCUUUGAUGUUGAUAGUGUGUAUCCGCAUGAAUAUGGGGGAUACGUUUGCAUUCUAUCUGUUGAAAACACCGGCUAUCCCAGUACGCCCUCUACUAGCGCAACUUAUGUUCUGCCAGUAAUUGAGAAAGGACCAGUGAUAGUGAGCACCACGUCAACUACAGUAGGUCUUCGAUGGAAUGCAUGGUCUGAAGAAGAUGACAUAGGUGAUCCUCCUCUGGUAGGAUAUGAUGUCUUUGUAAAGAAGGAUGGUGACUGGGUAACGGAUCAGAGAGUAGACCAUCUCACAACAUCAGCCUUUGUUAUCAACCUGACACCCGACACAGAUUACAGGUUUCGUUUAGCAGCAGUGAGGGAAGGAACAGGUGGAGCCGGACUUGCUUCUCCUUGGAACAACACAAUAACUCGCUGUAGAAAACCCAGUGCUUCUCCAACUAGACUACAAGUUUCAGCCAUUAACCCUAAAGAGCUAGAGGUGACAUGGGAGCACCUCCCCUCGGAAUCAGCAGAAUGCAGGAGUGGAGUAAGUCAUUAUACGAUCUACUAUGCUGCCACUGGAUCAACUUCUUCAAACCCUAUCCUGGUUUCUCGUGACACUAGCUCCUACACAAUAAAAGGGUUAUACACCUAUCUGGACUAUGCCAUUCAAUUGACUGCAUCAAAUAAAGACGAGGAGGGUGAUAGGAUCAGUGAGGCUAUCGGCAAAACAAUUGAAGAAGUCGCACCUGCUCCUAUCAAUGUGGCUUUACCGCAGAGUACUACAAGCUCCUUCACUGUAUCCUGGUCUACCCCUCUACCGUAUAACAUCAAUGGUAACAUCCAGAAGUAUAACAUCCGCUACAAGCAAACUGAUCCCGUUGUUGAUGGUAAAUACAAGUUAGAGGAAGUAUUAACUGAUGCAUUUGAUGGAGAACAUACUAUAAUGGACCUGCCCCCUGAGAACAACUACACAGUUCAGGUACGAACUGUCAAUGGAGCUGGUUCUAGUAAUUGGUCUGAGCCCGUGAAUGCGAAGACCAUCCUCUCAGGUGAUGAUAAUGGUAUCAGAAUACCACUAGGAGUUGUUAUAGGGAGUGUGAUAGCACUCCUCGUUAUCAUCGUAAUACUAAUAUGUAUUGUGGUGAUGUAUAGAAGGUUUAAACAAAGACGUUUAAAUGCUGAACCAGCCACAUCGCCUCCGAUUAAUGCACAUGAGACGUCCUCGAAGCAUGGGAACCCUGCAUUUGAUUACCCAGACACCCAUGAUACCUUCCAAGACCUUAAUACAGACACACGGAACAACCAGUAUCGCACCGACCCCUAUAGCUAUCAAGAUGUCCCAGAAUCAGAUCCGGGAGACAUUUACGAAGUUUACGAAGUUUACGAAGUUUACGAAGAAAUAUAGAUACAACCCAGGUGAGGCAGAGGGGUAUCUUGUCAGGCGUAAUCAACCAUGCUGUAUCAAUCAUAAUGCACGUCGGUCACUCUUGUGCAUAAGUAACUGCAUGUAAAACAUCUUCAACUCUCUUCCAGUAGCUCGUUUGCCAAACGUGCACAAACAUUAGGCACCAAUUGACGGAAGACCAUGGCUCUGUAAAAUUACAUAUUUCAGGUCUUGAUUAGCUCCAUGACAACCCUUUUAACACCGGUACAGAUUAAAGUUUCACUGGAAAGUAGGUCCUUGGUAAUACAGUACAUUUCCAGAUCAUUCUCGGCUUGAUAUAUUCCUACAAAGAUGUGUCCUCGAAAAUGUAGUCAAAUACUGAUGUAUUUCUCGCUCUCUGUAUACUCUGUAUUGAAUGAAGUAAAAUAACUCUAGGUAUGGGCUCUUAAAAUUGGCUGAAUCGGUAUUUCCCUGUUUUUUAGUGGCGGACAACUUUUCUAUUUGUUCAAACACAAGCAAAAAUGAUUAAAGUUAAAACUUUUCAAAAAGAAAUUGACUCAAGAGGGUCUAUCCCUGUCUGACUACCUUCAAGAUUCUGCAUGGUCAGGCCCCCAGUAUCUCUCUGAGAUGGUAUCAGUAACGCAGUCAGUGAGGUCACUGAGGUCUUCAGAGGCUACGAGACUAGUCGUGCCAUUGACAAGAACGGUCAUGUAUGGAGACAGGUCCUUCGCCAAAUCUGCACCCGUCCUCUGGAACUCUCUUUCUUCUUAUCUUAGACAAUUAGAUUCCACAGAACAAUUUAAAUCCCAGUUGAAAGCGUUUUUAUUUAUCUGAUGUUUAAGUUUAAUUACCUAAAGAACUAUAAUGUUGAACUGUAUUAUGUAUUUAUAUCUGUUUAUCCAAUACUUGAAUUUCUGUAUAUAUAAGAUUUGAAUUCCUGUUUAUCUAAGAUUU